GGGAAACACAAUCUCAGACACGCAGAGACCCUAGAGAUGGAUGGUUAGUUUGACCAGGCAAUGAAGCCAUUGACAGUUCCUCUCCAGGGUCAUGACUAGUGUCCUCCCUUCAUCUUGGUAUAAACUGACCACCCAGACUCCAGUCCCGACCUGUCCUCACCUAUGUCUGCAGGACCAUGGGUAGUGUCAGCAGCCUUAUCAGCGGCCACAGCCUCAGCAACAAGCACUGCCGGGCAUCUGAACACAGGCCAAAAAAAGGAACAAGUCAUCACAGGAAGACAGGAGGCCGCAGCCUGGAUGGGCUACUGGUAUGUGGCUUUACUCAGGGGUCUUCAUCCUCCAGUCAUCCCCCCAAGAGCAUCUCCCAUUCCCAGUCUGGACGAAGCGAGGAUUUCUUUUACAUCAAGGUGAGCCAUAAACCCAGGUCCAUCUGUCACAGACUAGUACCGAUGGAGGACCAUACACAAGGAGGGAACAGUGAUGUGGAACCAGAUGGACGACUGCCACCCAAACUACUGCCCAUGCCAGGGAAAAUGGCAGAAAGGACCACUGCUGAGAAAUCACUGAACCAUUCAACUGCCUUCAAGCCAGUGACUCCUCAAAGUACAAGUUCUGCAGACAACACCCUUGGCUUAGACCAUUUUCUCAGUCCGCCAGAGAAAACAAAGAGCCCGGACACCCACGGUCACAAGCAAGACACCUUCUCAGGGACUUUCUCUGACUCUGGGCACAACUCCAUGUCUAGUUUGCCCACCCACAGCACCAGUGGCAGCCUAAGUGCUUUCACAGGCCCUGUCACUCACAUUGUGGGCAGCUCAGCUCCAGCAAAUGGCCUCAGCCCAGGACAACCACCCAAUUUUCCUCCAUGGGCCAGCGGGAAUGGCAUUAACCCCUGCUCUAGCUACAAGGUUUCUGCAAAUGAUGGAGGGUUAACAUUUGAGGCUAAUGGGGAUUCUGGCUCCCUACCCUCUGCAGACCAGCCGAGCCCACUCUCUGAAACAGGGGGUGGGGUACGCUCCCCUAUCACUACAGACGAGCUGCUAAUCGAGCGCUUGGAACAAAGACUGCUGGAAAGAGAAUGCGAACUGCAAGAGCUCCAGGUGAGCUUUGAGGAGAAAGAGGCAGACACGUGCCAACUGUUUGAGAACAGGCAAAGAUACUGUGCUGAGGAGAUGGAGGGGCUGAAGCAGCGCUGCUCCACUAAACUACGACAGGUCUCCCAGAGGGCCGCUAGAACACAGCAAGCACUUCAGCUGCAAGUCAAUAAACUCCAGGAAGAAAAGGACAGCCUUCAGGUAACUAUCUCCAAGUUGACUCAGGAGAAAGAUCUCGUCGAAAUCAGACUGAGGGCCUAUGAGACACAGAGUACACGGCUAACUCCCACACUGGAGGAGAGCCAAUGGGAGGUGUGCCAGAAGACAGGGGAGAUAUUCUUGCUAAAGCAGCAGUUGAGAGACUGCCAAGCAGACAUCAGCCACAAGCUGAAUGAGAUUGUCAGCCUUAAGGCAUCCCUGAAAGAAAUCGCUGCAAAGAUGGAGGCACUGGAGAAACAGAACAAAGAACACGAGGACAAGAUCCACUCUCGCACAGUCGAGGUUGAGGUUUGCCAAAACGAACUCCAGCGUAAGAAGAAUGAGGCUGACUUGCUGAGAGAGAAAGUGGGCAAACUGGAGACAGAUAUCCAGGGGAUGAAGCAGGAUCUCGCCAUGGCCAAAGAGCAGAGACAUCAGCAGAGCUUGAAACUUGAGGCUCAAGCUCUGGCUCAGGCCCAGGCACUGGAAGGACUAAACCAGAGGACAUGCACCGCUACCCAGGGCCUGGGUGAGGGGGACAUGGGACAUGCCUCCAUAGAGUACUUCCAGAGAGAGGUAGAGAGACUGAAAGGACAGCUGAAGGAGGAGAAGGAGGCUCAAGAGAGGCUGUCCAGCAGCUUUGAGAAGGAGAGGCAGACAUGGAAUAAGGAGAAGGACAGAGUAAUAAAAUACCAGAAGCAGCUCCAGAUCAACUACCUGCAGAUGCACAAGAAGAACCAGGACCUCGAGAGGAUCCUAAAGGAACUGACCACUGAACUGGAGAGCCGCACGGAGCUUGACGUGGACAUUACCUACAGCUCAGGGUUACAAACAUACGACGAUGUUAUUGCCACUGAGAUUUGAAGGGCCUGGGGAUGGAAUGGGCCACGCACUCACACAAAUUUUGUCGUGAUAUCGGUACUGGACUGUUUUAUUACCACAUAUAAGGACACUUACACUUCACAGGCAUAUAUACUUGUGUCAUUUUCUCUGCUACUGUAGUUGUAAGGUUAGAAGAAAUAUUUAACAACAUCUGCAAAAUCUGAUGUCUCAUUAUAUUGAC